AUGAACCCCAUCAUUGCACCCCUUGAGUGGCUUCUGGGUACCUGGCGGUCAGAAGAACCCGGGAAUGGCUGCUUUCCCACCAUCCAACCUUUCCGCUACUCUGAGACACUUCAGUUCAGUCACGUCGGGCAGCCUGUCGUCAACUUCUCGUUCAACGCCUUCCACUUGGACUCCAAAAAGCCUCUGCACAGAGAGUGCGGUUUCAUGCGAAUGCAGCCGGGGACCAACAAAGUGGCUUUUAUUUCGGCCCAGAAUACAGGUCUGGUGGAGAUCGAAGAGGGUGAGCUCAGUGGCCAGCAGCUUAACCUGCGUAGUCACACCAUCGCCAGAAUCUCCUUUGCUAAGGAGCCUCACGUUAAGGAGAUUUCACGAACGUUUCAGCUCCAUACAGACGGGAGACUGGAGCAGAGGGUUUCCAUGGCAACAGACAGCCAGCCGCUCACAGAGCACUUGCGCAUAGUUUACGUCCGGUCAUCUUGA